AUGCUCAGCUCUGAUAUGCUGCUGACCCACUACGACCCGAAACUACCGAUUACUGUGGUAGCUGACGCCUCCAACUGUGGAGUCGUUGCCGUCAUCCUACACGCCUUCCCGGACGGAUCAGAGAAAGCCAUUAUGCACGCGUCGAAAUCGCUUGCCUCAGCAGAACAGCGAUACGGCCAAAUAGAGAAAGAAGCGUUGGCAUUAGGCCAGCACCGCCUACCGGAGACUUUGGUAUCAGACAACGGAUCACAGUUCCUCUCCAGCUGUUUCCAAGAGUUCUGCCGGGAAAACACCAUCCCGCACGUCCGUUCGCCACCACACAAUCCGCAGUAUAACGGGCAGGCGGAACGUUUUGUCGAUACGUUCAAGCGGGCGCUGCUCAAGUCUCGAGGAGAGGGGACGCCCUUCGAAGCUCUCCAGAGAUUUCUUUUGGUCUAUCGGACCACUCCAAAUGAAUCUGUAGAAGAUCGGAAGUCACCCACCGAAGCGCUCAUGGGCCGGAAAUUGCGAACUACCAAUUCGGCCAUGUGUCCGGCACCGAUGGCUCGUUCCCGACCUGAGGUGAACACAAACCCGAACCAGUUUCAAAUAGGCGGAAGUGUUUUUGUAUAUCUGGACCGACACAAGAACCAACUGAGUCUACGUCAUCUAUUAGAGCCACCGGCAUCCCAGAGCGACCUUCCACUCGACAUACUUCUUGACACUUGA